AGCACUGCCCUCGACAGAUGAUUCGGGAAGUUCCAGCAGAAGGCAACAACUGCAUCAUCUGCCUCGAGCCUGUGGGGGACAGCUUGUCCUACCACACCAUGGUGUGUCCAGUGUGCCAGCAUGCCUGGUUCCACUGGGCCUGCGUCCAGCAACUGGCACUGAGUGCUGGCAUGAACUACUUUGAUUGCCCCGGCUGUCGAGACUACAGUGGAUUCUCUGAGGAAAUGUACAUCAUGGGGAUCCACAUCCCACGCAGAGACCCAGAAUGGGACAGCUAUGAGGCACAGGAACCGCUCCAAGAGAGGCACAGCCGCUGAGAUGCCAGCGAAUGCCUUUACCAUGGAGGCAGAGAGCAGGCAGAGAGAAGGGGGUGAGUUACCGCAGCAGCUCUCUGGGGCUCAGCGGGAGAUCUCAGCCUCACCACAGGCUGGGAGAGCAAGGACUGAGCACCAGAGACAUGCCGUGCAGGGCACUCCCUGGCCCUCUCGAGUUCCCAGAGCCGGCCAAGAGGACACCAUGGCAGCCAGCAAACGCCAGCCCCAGGGGAGCUGAGUGGCACCCACAGAUCAACAAGAUCUGCCACUUCGAGCUCUCCGAGGCCUUCCAGAGUGCCCGGACGCAGGGGAACAUCCAGGCAGCGAGGGCGCACCCACACCCAAAGCCCUCCUCCACAGAGACGUUGGGCUCACCAUUCCCACUGCUCACCCCAAAGAGGCAGCGGGAGCCGGGCCCAAUGGCGAAGGCUGUCCCAGGAAUGAAGCUGCUCCCAGGAACAACUUCAGAGCCAAAGGUCCCCACGGACAGCCCCCGAGUCUACGUACGAGCAGUCGUGUGCCACUCACAGAAUGGCCUGGGUUGAAAUGGACCACAGUGAUCAUCUAGUUUCAACCCCCCUGCUAUGUGCAGGGUAGAACAUGCUGCCCAGAGCCACAUCCAGCCUGGCUUUCAACACCUCCAGGGACGGGGCAUGCACAACAUCCUUGGCAAACCUGUUCCAGUGUGUCACCGCGCUCUGUGGGAAAAGCUGCCUCCUAAGAUCUAACCCAAACCUCCCCUGUCUCCAUUUAAAACCAUCCCUCC